AUGGUCGUCGAUACCGCCUAUUACGAUGCGUUGGGCGUCGCGCCCACAGCCACCGAGCUGGAAAUCAAGAAGGCCUAUCGCAAGAUGGCCAUCGUCCACCACCCAGACAAGAACCCCAACGAUCCCACCGCCCACGAAAAGUUCCAGACCAUCGGCGAAGCCUACCAGGUCCUAUCGGACCCCGACCUACGCAAGGCCUACGAUAAGUUCGGAAAGGAUCAUGCGAAGCCUCAGGAGGGUUUCGCCGACCCCGCCGAGUUCUUCACCUCCAUCUUUGGCGGCGAAGCCUUCCUCGACUGGAUCGGCGAGAUCAGUCUCAUGAAGGACCUCACGGCCACCAUGGACAUCACCAUGAAGGAGGAGGAGGAAGCGGCGGCGGCUGCUGCUGAAGCUGCGGCUGCUGAGGAUGGUGACUUCCCUGGUACCGAUGAGGCCUUGAAGCAGAGCAUGAAGGAUCAGGGCGCCGCACCGCCCGCAGGCCCUUCGGCACCACCCCCGCCCACCGUCGUGGUCGAGGAGGAGAAGUCGUCCGAGAAACCCCAUACCGCCGCCGUUCCCGGAGGCGUUGCCGAUGCGCCGCCGUCGCUUCCCCCUCGAUCCCAAGCCACAUCCCCCGCCCCUUCGACCGGCUCCGGCAACCGCACCCAGAUCCCCCUUCGACCGGCCCUGAUGGACAAGUCCCACGAGGAUACCGAGGGCGAGCUCUCGGAGGAGGCGCUCAAGCAGAAAGAGAAGAAAAAGGGCAGCCUGUCCAAGGAGCAGCGCGAGCAGUUGGCCGCGUACGAGAGGGAGCGUGCCCGCAUCCGCCAGGAGCGUGUCGACAACCUCGUCAGCAAGUUGCUUGACCGAUGCAGCGUGUGGACCGAGACGGAUAAGGGUGCCGACGUCACCAGGGCGUUCCAGGAGAAGAUGCGCCUCGAGGUCGAGGAACUCAAGAUGGAGUCGUUCGGCAUCGAUAUCCUGCACGCCAUCGGCCAGACCUACGUCUCCAAGGCUUCCACUCUGCUGCGCAGCCAGAAGUUCCUCGGUAUUGGUGGCUUUUUCAGCAAGCUGAAGGACAAGGGCACCCUCGUAAAGGAGACUUGGAACACCAUCAGCAGCGCCAUCGACGCCCAGCAGACCAUGGAGGACAUGGCCAAGAUGGAGGAGAAGGGUGGCGAGGACUGGACCGACGAGAAGCGCUCCGAGUACGAGCGCCGUGUCACCGGCAAGAUCCUCACCGCCGCCUGGAGGGGAAGCAAGUUUGAGAUUCAGAGCGUUCUGCGCGAGGUGUGCGACAGCAUCCUCAACGAUAAGAAGGUUGCCCUUUCCAAGCGGUUAGAGCGCGCCCAGGCCCUGGUUCUCAUUGGAGAUAUCCUGAACAAGGCCGAGAGAUCCCCGGAGGAAGAGGGCGACUACCUCGUCUUCGAGCAGCUCGUCGCCGAGGCUGCUAUUAAGAAGGACAAGGACGAGGAGGGUAAGAAGAAGAAAGACCACAAGAGCCGCCACAAGAAGGAGGCGGAGGACGUGGCCGCUGAUGCGCCCAACGUGCCCAAGGCUUAA